CGGACUUGGCACAUGUAAUUUCUGGUAAAUGCUUGCGUAUUCUUUCCUCCUCUAGCUUGCGUAUUUGUUCCCUCAGCCGCCAUUAUCACCAGAGUGACGUGUUCAUUCAUCUUCGUCCUCCUAUCAUAUUGUUCGGUCAACGAAAUUUCAAAGAAUACUGUAUUUGGUCGUCUGGGUGUGUUCUUCAACCACAAAAUUCCAUCCAAUAUCAAAGCUAUUCCUGCAAUAAUUCGUUGCACAGAGCAUUUACAAUCUAUUGGGUAUGUUCGUAUAUACUUCGAUAGUUUUAGCCUCUUCAGUUGCAGGGAGUGCUGAUUUCCCUGGUUUAGAUCAUAGCCUGCAGGUGAAAAGAUUCUGUGGCAUAAAUGGUUCCGGAAAUGGAAAUUGACACGGAGAAUCAGAUGCGUGAGAAGGAUAAUCCUAAUCCCAAUCCCAAUCCCAAUCCCAACCAUGAGAUGAGACCGUCAAGGAGUCACAGGGGCAGACAGGUGACUCCACUAGAAAUUGUUGCCUAUAGUACUGAUGAUCCCCAGAUAGCACCUGUUCCAACUGCACAGCCCUCUGCUCCUCCGAGUGUAGAGAAGGGAAAUAUACAUGCUUACUCUGGGGGAUAUAGGAAUGUUCUGAGCCUUCUCGUGUUCAUUCUACAUAUUCUCUCAGCACUUGCUGGAAUGGGGUUUUUUGGAUUUAGAGGAAUUCAGGCUGCUCUGAGGAAGGGCAGUGAGAGAUUUCACAUAGAGAAUUGGUAUCCCCAGCUCGUAGCAGCAGCAGGAGUGGGUUGCGUAUUCUCAUGUGUAUGGCAGCGGGUUUUUAUAUGGAGGCCUGUUGAGAUGAUAUAUGGAGCAUUGUGGACAAGCCCUGCAUUGAGUUUCACAGCUUCACUGAUGCUUGUAUCGACUUCAGAAUCGUCAAGUGUGGGAUUGGGAACUAUAUUGUUACUUUUCUCUAUUUCCCAAGCCUUGUAUGCCUGCUGGGUUAAUUCCAGGAUAAAAUAUGCAUCAAAGCUGCUCCCCAAGGCUCUGUUCCAAACAAACAAAUACCCGAAGCUGAUGCACCCCUCUUACUGGGUCAUUCUAAUUGCAUUCAUAUGGAUCUCUGUCUGGAUAUUAGGCGUUGUAGGGGCAAUCAGCCAGAAAUAUGCAGCACUGAGCGUGAUGGCGUUCAUACUCAGUUUGGGAUGGGUGAUGGAAGUACUCAGAAAUAUAGUGCACGUCACAACCGCAAGGGUUUUGGCAUUGUUUUACCUGAGAGGAAUGCAGUCAAAUGUACAUUUCUCUUUCCAGAGAGCCGUAACAACCUCUUUGGGAAGCAUCAGUCUGGGAUCAAUCCUGGUCCCUUUUCUAGAAGCUCUUCAAGUCCUGGGACGAGCAAUGAAUUUGGUUGAAGGAGAAGACGAAUUUUUCUUCUCUUGUGCGCAUUGUUACCUGAGAUUAAUGGGAUACGUCUUCCGAUUUGCUAACAACUGGGGCUUUGUUCAGGUAGCAACAUACGGGAAAGGAUUUGUUGAAGCAGCUCAAGACACCUGGGCAUUGUUUCAAGCGAGAAGUUUGGAACCUGUGAUCAAUCAAGACCUGACAAGCUCUCUCUGUGUUCUUAGCGGCGUUGCGAGCGGAUCACUCUGCAUAAUAGUAGCCGGCUCCUGGACUUUUGCAACGCACAAAAACUUGACUGCUACAGUAUCUUUGUUAUCCUUCGUAAUUGGCUAUUUCAUGACAAGAAUUACAAUGGUGGUGCCGCAGGCUUGUGUAUGUGCAUACUACGUUUGCUAUGCAGAAAACCCCGAAAACAGAGAAUUCGAGGACAACGUAAUCUCUGAUCGCGUGAGAGAUUUUCGGAGAUCUAUGGCGUGAUUAAGGAAGGAUCUCUAGACUACCACAAGAUCUUCGUUCUAUAUUCAUUAUUUGAUCUGCCAGUAGAAACCGCUAUAAUCUAUAGGCAUUUGGGCCGAGGAAAAGCAGUGCAGAGGGAAUUCAAUUGAAAGCCUAAUGGCCUUGUACAUAGUCAUACAUACAACAGGCAGAGGAUAGAGCAUUCUCAUGUAAUGUAAUUUUAUUUUAAAUUUGAUUUAUCUUGUCUGCGUCUGGAUUCAGAGAAUCGCAGCGCAAUCUGUACUAGUGCUUACAGACAUAAUUCGUCUGGAAAUCUAGAAAGAUGUGUGGUCAAUGUGAAACCCUAAUUCAUAAAUGUACUGUAAUAUUCGUAAA